UGAGCCCCUCCUCGGGCUUGCCGUUGCCUGGCAACGGGGAAGGCGCGUGUCUUCCGGCGAAGAUGGCGGCGGUGAAGGGAGGGAAGAAGGGCUUGGGCCUGGGCUUGGGCCUGGGCGCCUUCCUGGCCAAGGAGGAGGAGUACAAGCGCUUGAAUGCGGCACUGGAAGCCCAGGCGGCGGAGCUGGUGCGCCAGGCCGAGGAAGCCAUGAGGGAUCAGCAGGAGGCUCUGUCCCGACCGCUCUCCACGCAGCUGGAGCUCUUGGAGGAAGAGGCCGAGGCCCAGCGGCAGAGAGGUUUACUUUCUCCCGGCUCGUCCGCUCCUCCCCCCCGUCAGCCCCUCAACAAGAAGAAAUCCAGUUCUGCGCCUGCAGCCGGGAAGGAGAGACGGCCGCUUCCAAGCGCCAAGCCCAGGCCUCGCCAUGUGCCCCUCGCAGCCGACGACGUGGCCGUGCCAGACUUCUCUCUCGCCAAGACCAUUGGGAGGAUCGAAGGGCAGCUGGAGGAAGGAGGGGGCCUGCCUGAGGUGCCCGAGGACCUGAUCCCUGGCGGGGGGAGCCAGCUUGGUGAGCUGGAGGGCCUGAAGCGGGCCCAGAAGCAGGCCUCGGUCGGGCAGAGCAGCAUGGAGGUGCGCCUGAACCGGGCCCUGGAGGAGGCCGAGAAGGGCAAGGCCGAGCUGAACAGGAUCAAGCAGGCCAAGAAGGACCUGGCCAGCCAGGAGCAGAAAAAGCUUGAGGAACUGAAGGCGGAAAACAAGCGCUUGGCAAAGCAGAAGGAGGAGCUGAUGGCCGCUUUCAAGAAGCAGCUGAAAUUGAUUGACAUCCUGAAGAGACAAAAGGCAAGUGGUCCCAAAGGGCCCCCCCCUCUCUCCCACUGUCUUUCAUUUUGCAUCAUUUCUUAUUUAUUUGAAUGUUCAUUGUGCUUUAACUUGUGUCUCAGGUAACUUAAUGUUUCAGCGUAUGUUCCUACAGUUGCAUUUUAACUUGUUUUGACCUGUGAUUUUACAGAUGUAC